AAUAUUUCCCUCCCAAUUGCCGACCGCGCCAAGCCAAUCACACCCCAACUCCGGCUCAUGUGAAACCAAUGAGGGCACGGCUUCUGACCAGGAGCCCGAGGGCAUGUCGGGAUAAAAACUUAGCCGUGCUGGGUAGCAAAGUUUCGGGAAGAGCAGGAGGGAGGGGACUCGGCAGUGUGACUCUAGUUAUCCGACAGCGAGCAUGACCGACGCCGAAGCGCAGAGCGCUCCACCAUCGGCACCGGUGGAAGAGAAGCCACAGCCGGAGAGGAGAGUAAUAGCCACCUUGGUCCAAGGGACUGUGAAAUGGUUCAAUGUGCGUAAUGGAUAUGGCUUCAUAAACAGGAAUGAUACCAAAGAAGAUGUAUUUGUUCAUCAGACUGCUAUCAAGAAGAACAACCCUAGGAAAUUCCUCCGCAGUGUAGGAGAUGGGGAGGUUGUUGAGUUUGAUGUGAUUGCAGCAGCCAAGAAUCGCCGCUACCGCCGGCGGUUCUAUCCCCGCAGCCCUCGACCUCAGAGAAGACCAGGCGAUGACCAAACUCCUGCUGCAGAGGGUGAUGGAGCAGGGGAGGACAGUAGAACGGCACUGCAACAGCGCCGUCGCAGGCUCCGCAGGCCACAGCCAGAGGCCCCCCAGGAUGCCCAGCAGGAGGCACAGAGCGGGCAAGCUGAUGAGCAGAAGGAGGGAGCAGCAGUAGCCAGUGAUCAGACAUCACGGCUGCCAAGGCGUAGAUUCUGGCGUCCAUACCGCAGGCCGGGCCGACCUCGCCCACAGUCUCAGUCUGCAGAUGGCCAGCAGGCAGCCGCUCCCCAGGAGAGCCAGGAGCAGAGUGAAGUGAAGCAGACAGAGGCCUCUGAGACUCCCCAGGCCAACGGGGAACCGGCUCCGACACAAAGCCAGAAACAACGUCGCCAGCCUAGACGACGUAGGCAGAGGAACUCUGAAUCCUCUACCUCGAAAAAUGAUACAGAGAAGUCUGCAUCAGAACCUGGUACCCCACCUCAAUCUUCAAACCCAACUGAUGUUAAACCUACUACAAAGGGCUCUCCUAAACCCCCCCCUAAAAUACCCAAAUCACCUGAGCCCACAGUGGCCACAACAGACCCAGCACCAGCACAGUGACAUCUGAGCCUUGGCAAGAGGUGGGACAUGCAGCGCUGGGUCAGGCGGGGGUGGGAGACAUGAGGGUGUAGGGUUGCACUCCUUGUGCUACAUGUGCCACAUUGGCUAUCCUGCAGGAUGAUGGCCAUUCAUGGGCGUUAGUGGUGCUAACGGGAGAGGAGUUUUAUGGCGAGUCUUUAAGGCAACUCCUUAUGUUGGAACUGAGUCCUUUGUUUAAUGCGGGGAACAUUUUGUGUGAACUCUGGGAACCUAGAUUUCAGAUUCAGUUCAUCUUGUUUCAGGCUCUGAGGCAUCUUUUUGUUUUGAGGCUGUUUCUUCAGGUCUGUCUUUCAAACCCUGUCUCCCUUGCGUCUUUUAUUUUGUUUUCUCAUAGGUCCUAGGGUUGGAGGACUGGACUUUACUUCAGAACACAUGCACUGUUCUCCCCUCCGUGCACUCCCCCAUCCUCCAACCCACCUGGUCUUGCAUUCGUCCCUCAGGCCCCCUCCCCAUCUUGUUUGUCUAGACACGGACAUGUGGAUAGGGACGGGGUAGCGAAGAGUGUGAAAUAGGUGGGUGGUGGGUGCAUAUUUGGAAAUUAUGAGUAUCUUUAAAAAGAAAAGGGAAAGACUGGACAAGGUGCUUGGUAGCCCAGUUAUACUACCCCUUUUAAAAACUAGCCUGCUUUAAUUGAAUACAUGGGACAUGUCAAGUAGUCCAUCGAGGACCCAGCCUUGAGAUUUUUUUUAAAUAUUUUAAUUUGGAUGAGGGGGGAAAAUCAAGCAGGUGUGAGGUUGGUGCAUUAUGGAAGUCAGUUUAGUUCAAUUACCACCUCAAUUAAUUCUUAAUGUGCAACUUCAUCUCCUCAGUUGAGGAUGGAUUGAGAACUUUAGUUUUAUUUUAUUUUUUUUUCCUUUGGAGGGGAUUAUGUGCAAUGUUAUGUAAAAUGCUAAUUAAUAAAUCAUGUUUGCAAAUCUCA